GUUCGCACUGUAGUUUGAGCUGCAGCGGCCACCGUACUGUCCCGGAAGUAAACCACGUGUAAACACGCACCAGCUCCAGGAGCGGAGAUCAUGCCUCGGUACGCGCAGCUGGUGAUGGGGCCGGCGGGCAGCGGGAAGAGCACCUACUGUUCUACCAUGGUUCAGCACUGUGAGGCUCUGAAUAGGUCAGUUCAAGUUGUAAACCUGGAUCCUGCAGCAGAGUAUUUUGACUAUCCAGUCAUGGCCGAUAUCAGAGAGCUCAUUGAAGUAGAUGAUGUAAUGGAAGAUGCUUCUCUGCGAUUUGGGCCCAAUGGAGGCCUAGUGUAUUGUAUGGAGUACUUUGCCAAUAACUUUGACUGGCUGGAGAACUGCUUGGGCCACACGGAAGAUGACUAUAUACUGUUUGACUGUCCAGGCCAGAUUGAACUAUACACCCAUCUGCCAGUUAUGAAGUAUCUGGUGGAGCAGCUCCAGCAGUGGGAGUUCAGAGUCUGUGGAGUUUUCCUGGUUGAUUCUCAGUUCAUGGUGGAAUCCUUUAAGUUUAUUUCUGGUGUCAUGGCUGCCCUAAGUGCUAUGAUCUCUUUGGAGAUACCACAGUGUAACAUCAUGACCAAGAUGGAUUUAUUGAGCAAGAAAGCUAAAAAGGACAUAGAAAAAUUCUUAGACCCAGACAUGUAUUCCAUGAUUGAAGACUCAACAAGUAAACUGAGAAGCAAGAAAUUCAAAAAGUUAACAAAGGCAAUAUGUGGAUUGAUUGAUGAUUAUAGCAUGGUUCGCUUCUUGCCAUUUGACCGAUCAGAUGAGGAAGGCAUUAACAUCGUCCUCCAACAUAUAGAUUUCGCUAUACAAUAUGGGGAAGACCUGGAGUUUAAAGAGCCAAGGGAAUCGGAGGAGGAUAAAUCUGAGAAUUUUGAUGAAUUCUUCCAGGACAGGGUAGAUGAACAAUGACAGAAGAAGGUGUCAGGAACUAUAUUCUAAAAGGAAUUUGGAUUUGAUUUGGAUUCCACUAUCUUUACUGUGCCCUGGUACAUGCUGAGGUAGUAGUUCACCUGCCCUGUUUAAAAACUGAUUUGCCCUGAUGUGUGGCGGAUCUCCUAUGUGUCUGUGUCUUGAAGAAAUGUUCAUCCUACACAGUGGCAUCUUCUAAGCGGACAUCAUGAACAGAAAAGGCCGAAACCAUAUGUACUUAUACCAGUACGUUGCUGGUAUAUGUGAACAGCAGACUACACUUGAGCCCUAAGAAACUGUUAUGUAUGGGAAAUUAUGGCCUUUGAUGCACUGCAGUAUAGGUCAGAAUCAAUAGUUUUUUUUUACAGGUUUCAGAUGUAUACAGCAGAAUAAUGGUAUAACGUGAUAUGAAUCCAGCAGUAUAAUAUGAUACGAGUCCAGCAGCUGAAGAACAAGUAAAAGUGAUGCUUUAAUACGUAUAUAUUUUCUAUAGUAUUGGUCACUAUAUGUAAAGUGAUUUUAUGAUUUUUUUUUUUCUUCAUUUAAUUUAUUUUUCUAGUUUCAUAAUAAAGAUAAUAUUAAGCUUUACUUGUGCUAUUCAAAUACACUGAUGUGCCUGACAUGAGCACAAAUGGCUCAAAAUGCAGCUGCUUUGAAAAAAACAAAAAUAGAACCACAGACUGUGCUGUAAAGAUGAUGAUGGUUAAUAUGAGAAAUGAUUAAAUAUAUAUCAUCUGUCAAACUGUCUUGUGUCAA